AAACACUUUUUUCCAACUACAUCUGAGUAUGAACUAUACAUUUCAUAAAAACUCCAGGAAAAUGCACGCAAAAUCUUCAUUAUCACUUCACAUAAAAAGAUGCAACAAUGAUUUACGAGGAGUAUAAAAGUCGGUUUAUAAUACAUAUAAAACCAAAGUUUUGGAUUCCUCUUACUUCACGAGGGGGGUAUUCAAUCGUAGAAUUCACGGUUAAACUGUUUCACUUCAAAUCUGCUUCUACUACAAUGCGUUUUCCAAAACAUCUGUAGCAACAGUGGCAUGUGGCAUUAUAGCCUAAAGAGGUCUUGGUCUGCCAUUUAUGGUUUUUUAAAUUUCAUUUACCAAUUGAAUGAUAUCCUGUCCUGCGAAUGGGAGUAAAGUCCGGAUAGAAUUUGAUACCCGGUCCUCGUGUUAGAUCGGCUCCGUUACAAUAUGCAACAUUGGGCUCCCCGAAUCUGUGAGGAUUAAUGAAUCUUUUAGGAUUCAUGGAUUCAUAAAUCUUCAGAAUAGAGAUUCAGAACCAUUCAUUCAGUUGAAAGAUACAAUCAGAUUCACGAAACUAAAUCAGAUUCACCCUACAUUGGUAAAUACUAACUUUCAAAUUACGUAACUCUACCACUUUGUUCUAACUCUACUUGGCUUACGACCUUGCAGGUCACGCCGGCCAUUUCUGAAUUACUAGACUUAUUUUUACCACGUAGCCGGAUAGUCGGUCCUUGCUACGGGGAGACGGUCCGGAUGGGAUGUCCCGAUGGGAUUUGCUCUAACUACGAUAACUAAAUUUCACAAAACCAGUUACGGUGAACAUUUCCAACGAGCAGAUCGCUGCCCUGGCAAACGAAGAAAUGCAAACUCAAGGAUUCAAUCAAUACUUUUCUGAUCUUAUAUCCGCGAAAUUCGCAGUUCCUGGUGUGGGCAACCGGAACGCUUUCUAGGCACAAGGCUGCCAGCGACGUCGAUCGUGAUCGUGUACAUCGACGAAGCUUCCUCGGUAUAGUACAGUUUGAUGGAAAUCAGAAAACACAGUACUGGACACACAACUAAUACCAGGAGAUAAAUAGCUAGCUGCCUGGAUAGCUUCAUUCUUCCUACAGCACGUCACUUUGAGUUUUAAAUGAACCUGCGAGACUUUGAAACACAUGUACCCGUGGCAGCAGAACACCAAAUGAAUGUCUGCUGUAACCGAGAAACCCGAAUCAGGCAGUAAGUGUAGAAGUAUCGAUACCUUUGAAGCGACAGUAAACACUUCACCAACUGAUAAAUUAAACAGAUUGAUAUCACAGCUUGCUGGUUCGGCUCUCAUGCUUAGAGAGAGCAAACGAACCCAAAAAUGUGUUUUGCCAGUGAUCAACCAACACUGGCUCCGAAUGGUGCAGUGCCGUAUUGUGGAUAACCAUAUACGGAGUAAGUUUUUUGGCUGCAUUUGUUGACACAGAAGUUUCGUGUAUGUUACUUUUUUUCAUCUUGUAGAAAAUGUUUUCCACCAAACGUGAGCUCGUUUAGGCCCUGGUUGUGAUUUGCUGCAUUACACGUUGGGCAGCACAAAACAAAUUUCGGGAUAAAAUUAUUUUGGGGAUUUUUAUUGAUUGUUAUCAUUGAUAGAGAUAAAAAAAUGCGUUUUUUUAGUUCGGACCAAAACCACUAGGUGGUGUUAAAUAAAUUGGUAUUUUCGGACGAUUUUCAUGAGCUUCAAUAAUAAGUAAAUUUAGUCAAUGGCUUGGCUUUAACGACCUUACAGGUCACGCCGGCCAUUUCUGGCAUACUAGACUUAUUUUUACCACGUAGCCGGAUAGUCAGUCCUUGCUACGAAGAGACGGUCCGGAUGGGAUUUGAACCCGGUUCUGCCGUGUGGACGGGCGCCGUUUAUUCUAAUUGCAUUCUAAUUGCUUAAUUGCUCCGACACUUUACUAAAUAUGAUGACAAUGUAUUGCAUGACUACGAUAAGAAAGAGUGUGCAAUGGUGUAUCUGUGCUUGGAGUUUGCAAAAACUAAAAUAAAAAAAAAAUUUGCAACGAAUGUUACUUCACUGUUAGAAUGUCAUUAUUGGUUCAAAAAAAGUUGCGGCAAUUCGCGAUAAGGUUGGCCGAGUUGUUGAAUGAACCGUUCUUCUUCCUCCUGAAAAUGGUUUCUUUUUCGUUGAACACCAGCAAGCUACACACAUACAAAGUGCCUUUCCAUCUGUCUAUAAAUUGCAUUGUGAAUCAACUUCAACUUCAGUAGCAUCUCAUUGCAUCAAUCUUUCCGCAAUUCGUUAUCACAUACACUAAGAUAACACACAAGUGGUUUGCGUUACCGUCCUGGGCGGUUCCGGUUUAUCAGUGCAGAAACAUCUGACAGCUGUCGGUGAAUGUUAGAUUCAACGAUGAUAAGAAUGUCACACGUUGGACAUGGUGUGUCUUGUGUUUUUCAUCUUCCCGUCAAAUGGCGCUUAUAAAGCAAUUACUUAAUUACCAUCUGUUUACAUUUGAAAUUUCAACACUCCAGAAAGAAGGUAUUACUGGAUAUGAAGGAAGGAGAUUAUAAAACUUUAAUUAACCCCUAAUUUGUUUUUAAGGGUGUAUAAAAGAUCGACAUGACGUUAAAUAAUUAGAACAAACACUUUCACCAGCUAAAUCUUCUGUUUAUAUAUUACCUUAAUCGGGAGCGCCAUUGAACCAUAUUGAAUUUAUGUUGUAAUAUUUGCAAGCAAACUUUGUGUACUUUACAUGCACUACCGUGCCUACCUGCAAAAUCUACAGUAUUUAAAGUAGUAUAGAAAAACAAAACAUGAUCAGAAGACUUAGCUCAAAUCCUAAUUAACAAACUAACAAACUAACUUUAUGUGAUGGUAGAUUGUAGUGAAUCAUUGCAAUGGCUUUCCAAGAACUAAGACUUGACUGUCAUCCGCUGGAUGACAUACAUCAUGAUACUCAUUAUAUAACAGCGCAGACAAAAAAAACGAACAAAAAAGUUCUUCACCACAAAACUCACAAUUUUGACCACCACCGUCAAUCGGUCGAUCUCAGUGUACAAAUGGCGAUUAGCGCAGUGUUCAAGUGGUUGAAUGAUAUCGCAUGCGUAUGAAGCUGCCCAAGACCUGUUUUGAAAAUUUCACUACACUUCAGUACGCGUUUCACCAUCAUCGAGCACUGAGCCAUCAUAGGCUCCGUACAGUCUUGCCAUGCGCAACUGCAGCAAGAAUUUUAUACUGAUAGUGAGCAUUGCCGUAGUGCAGGUGUACAUAUUCGUGACAUUUUUCUACAAUGGUGGUCGGGGACGGUUUGACAAUGUGUUCAAGCAACUAUCCCUACUGCAGAACUGUACAAACAUCAACGGGACGACCCAACUUCAAGAAGAAGUCAUCUCUACUACACCUUCAUCCACGGUCGAAACAACAUUAUUUAAGUACAUGUAUACAACGCUUGGACUCGAUCCAAGGUUUCCGAUACCUCCGGGUGACAUGGGCACACCUGUGGAGAUCGACUUCAAUGAUACCGAUGUGGAGAAACUAGCGGAUGAUGGAAUGUUCGAACAUGGAUUUAACCAGUACUCCGCCGAUCUUAUGUCGCUUCGGAGACGGCUGCCCGAGAUUCGAGACCGUUGGUGCCGCGAACCAGGUCGAUAUCGUGCCGAUUUACCACAGACGUCAAUCGUGAUCGUGUUCUACAACGAGUUGUGGUCAGUGUUGGUGCGUACCGUGCACUCCAUCCUAGAUCGAUCGCCUGCGCAGCUGGUGCGCGAAAUAGUACUCGUGGAUGACUUCAGCAAUUUUCCUCAUCUAAAAACGCAACUAGAGGACUACUUUGCUAAUAACCCAAAGGUCCGUAUUAUUCGGGCUCCAAAAAGGCUAGGAUUAAUCAGGGCACGGAUGCUUGGUGGAAAGAGCACCAACACGGAUAUAAUUACGUUCCUUGAUGCGCACGUUGAGGUUACUGUAGGAUGGCUAGAAGCACUGAUACAACCAGUUGCAGAGAAUUGGACCACCAUCGCGCUACCAACUAUCGAUUGGAUCGAUGAGAACAAUAUGAAGUACCGCAGCGAUAAAUCACCCAUUUUUGUCGGUGCAUACGAUUGGGAUCUUAACUUCGGUUGGUGGGGUCGAUCAUCGAUGAAAAAGAAAUACAAGAACAUGAUGGUGCCGUUCGAUACCCCCGCCAUGGCUGGAGGACUAUUUACCAUCAACAGGAAGUACUUCGAACGGCUCGGUUGGUAUGACGAUGGGUUCGAUAUCUAUGGUAUCGAGAACAUUGAGCUAUCGAUGAAGAGUUGGAUGUGUGGUGGAAAGAUGGUAACAGUACCAUGCUCCCGAGUAGGACACAUCCAGAAGGCGACCCAUUCGUACCUUGCGAAACAGACGAAGGACGUUGUGCGUGCAAACUCGAUUCGUCUUGCCGAGGUAUGGAUGGAUGAGUAUAAAGGUAUAAUUUUCGAUAUCUAUGGCAUUCCAAAAUACUCCGAGGAGGAGUUUGGUUCCGUGAGUACACGUAAAGCCAUCCGAGAUAGUGCCGAAUGUAAACCAUUUCGCUACUAUCUGGAGAAUGCUUUCCCUGAAAUGCACAACCCAUUGGUCCCGGGGGCCUUUCGCGGCGAGGUUCAUAAUCUGGCCUUGGGCAACGACAGUUGUUUGACGUAUCGGCCGAAAGAUCACUUCAUUGGUAUGGCACCGUGUGAUCACCUCGAAAAGGAUCAGUAUUGGACGCACAACUACUACCAGGAGCUGAAUAGCUACCGAAAUUGUCUCGAUGCCGUCACGACCGUAGUGGAAGUGUUCCAGUGUCACAGAGCGCGCGGCAACCAGGCAUGGAAUUUUUUAGUGAAAACUCGACAGAUAGAAAGUGUGGCGAGCAAGAUGUGUCUAGCGUUGAAUAUGAAGACAAAAACGAACCUUAUUUUGGAGCAGUGCGAUGCCACCAAGCUGAAUCAACAGUGGGACGUGUCAUACAUUCAAUUGGACGUGUCAAUGCUAUUGGAACAAAUACCACAAGACACUUGACGCGAUUGUUUCUAGUAUUGUAUACGGCUCAGCAGCCAUACCUCCAGCACGGCGAUAGCAAUGUACCGGACACGAUUGUUACAUCGAAAACGGAAUGAUCGAAAAGACUUCUCGGGAAGCAAUACGAGAGUGAUUGCGUUAAUUUACUUUGCGUUAUACGGUUUAGGCUCAAUGUUUUCGCCUCACAAAGGCGAUAUUAUACUCGAAAUACAGCUGAGCUUACAAUAAACAA